UACCCGUCUCGAAGAGAGCGCGCUCGCCUGUUCUUCGAAUUCCAGACAUCAUGCCGCACCCCUGGAUUGCGAGUGAGUCGAAGGCGUGAGUGAGGUUCGGGGUCUGAACGACUCGGAUCUCUCGUGCUCCGGAGGGGCGAGAGCGCGAAGACCCCUAUCAGCUGCUCGCGUAUCCAGCCCGUAGAACCGCAGCCCUCUCUCGCAUCCAGUGGCGCGGCGUCUCGAUACAUGUUCGGGCGAGCGAGACUAGCGAGCGCACUAUCAAUCCUGAGGCCGAGUCCUCGCGGCGUUGUCCACCCGACGCGUUCUGCGGCCGUCCACGGAUUUCGUGCGCUCAGUGCAGCUCUGAGGGAUCGACCGUUGACGCCUGAAUCGACGUUCCCUCGAAUCGUGCCGAGCGAAUCGAACAUGAAGUACAUUCUGGUCACCGGUGGUGUCAUCUCCGGAAUCGGGAAAGGUGUGAUCUCAUCGUCGAUAGGCGCGAUUCUCAAAGCGGCCGGUCUACACGUGACCGCCAUAAAAAUCGAUCCGUACAUAAACAUCGACGCGGGAACGUUUUCUCCGUACGAGCACGGAGAAGUGUUCGUACUUGACGACGGCGGCGAAGUCGACCUGGACCUCGGCAACUACGAGCGUUUUCUCGACGUAACCUUGCGGAGCGACAGCAACAUCACCACCGGUAAGAUCUAUCAGAGCGUUAUCAAUAAGGAACGAGCCGGGGACUACCUUGGAAAAACGGUCCAAGUCGUGCCGCACAUCACCGACGCAAUUCAGGAAUGGGUCGAACGAGUUGCGAAAACACCGCUCGACGGAGUUCACGUGCCCGACGUGUGCAUCAUUGAGCUCGGCGGAACCGUCGGGGACAUUGAGGGGAUGGCAUUCAUCGAGGCCUUCAGACAGUUCCAGUUCCGUGUGAAGAAACGCAACUUCUGCUCCGUUCACGUUUCGUUAGUUCCCCAGCCGAAAAGUACUGGCGACAGCAAGACGAAACCCACUCAGAACAGUGUGAGGGAAUUGCGCGGCCUCGGAAUUUCCCCGGACAUUAUCGUAUGUCGGAGUGAGCAUCCGAUCAACGAUGAAGUCAAGGACAAGAUCUCUAAUUUCUGUCAUGUAGAGCCCAACCAAGUUAUAUGUUUGCACGACGUGCCGAACACGUAUCACGUGCCGGUGUUCCUGCGUCAGCAGGGCCUAGUGGGACUAUUCGCAAAGCAUCUGAAUCUGCACGUCGAGCUCGACCAACAGUCUCUCGAUGCGUGGAAAUCUCUGGCGACUCGUAGCGACAGAUGUGCCACCAUCGUGACGAUCGCGCUCGUUGGGAAAUAUACGAAAUUCGAGGACUCGUACUCUUCGAUCAUCAAGGCCAUGCAGCAUUCAGCUCUACGGGCCGAUCGCAAACUCGUGAUCAAGUUCAUCGACGCCGAAUCUCUCGAGAAUAGCUACAAAGAGACAAAUCCAGUCGAGCACUACGAUGCGUGGAAAAAAAUGUGCGAGACCGACGGCGUACUCGUUCCCGGCGGUUUCGGCACCAGAGGCAUCGAGGGAAAAAUCGCCGCGAUAAAAUACGCCCGGACCGCGAAGAAACCUUUCCUUGGGGUCUGCUUGGGAUUCCAAUGCGCUGUGAUUGAAUACGCGCGUGACGUUCUCGGCCGCAAAGGGGCGACGUCUUCGGAGUUCGUCAAGGAAGCGUCAGGCCAGGAAUUAGGAGAAGGAUCGACUGAUUUCGUAGUGAUCGACAUGCCCGAACACCAUCCCGGUCAGAUGGGGGGCACCAUGCGAUUGGGAAAACGGGAGUCCAUCUUCCAAACCGAGGAUUCGGUCCUCCGUAAAUUGUAUGGCAAUAAAGCCGUCAUACACGAACGUCACCGUCAUCGAUACGAAGUCAAUCCGGCUGUGGUCGACGAGCUCGAGAAGGCGGGAUUGAGGUUCGUCGCCAAGGACACCGAUAACCAAAGGAUGGAGGUGCUCGAGUUGCAAGACCAUCCGUACUAUGUUGCCGUUCAAUACCACCCGGAGUACGUUUCUAGACCGCUGAGACCGUCGCCACCGUACCUCGGUCUGAUCUUGGCCGCAUCGGGUCAGCUCGAAAGUCAUCUCGACAGCGAACUGGGAACCCUGCAACAGUGUUCCGAGGCUGACCUAUGAAGACAAGACGUUCCGACCAGGAGGUCGAGGAGGACUCCGGUUCCAAAUCGCCGGCCGGUUGUUCGCCGCCGGACACCUCAGGACGAACGAUUGCAUUUUAUACCAAAUGUCGAAAGAUCGCGAUCGCCAAUCCGACGAGUUCUCGAUGUACAAUUUGAAUUGGUGCGGGAUGAAAGGAUAUUUUUUCAAAUGUUGUAUGUAGUUUAACCCUGACGUGUUGCGUGCAGACUGUUUCGCAGAAUGCAGAGGAUUCGAUGAUUCCGUCGACGGAAUAAAGAGUAAUACCUUCUUGUAGACGACGCGAGAAUUCUCUCUGGGCUCGAGUUGUUCAGUGACAGACUAUAUCGGAGUCACAAUGUCGGAUCCGAAAGCGGGCUAUGGAAGAAUUCGACGGAAUGAACUGUGUAAUUCUACUCCUCGACCAGCGGUCUCAACCGACUGGCCAGCGGCGAGACGCUU